AUGGUGCAGACAACCCUCCCCCAGCGUCUUCUGUGCGAGACACCCCUCGUCACAAGAACCUUGCAGCAACUCCUCCCUGCGGCCCCGUUCUCGGCUACGAACAAUAUCGGACAAAUGGCGCGCGACACCAAAGGACAAUGUGUGGGCCCUAUCUCACACGAGAGGUUCUUUGCAGAGCAUAUGAGUGUCGACGAGCCAGUCCCCGGAAAUCUCGUCGCGGCGAACUACUUCGACACGAUGCCCGCAGGCAAAGACAAGGCUGAGAAAGACAUGUACGAUCCACUGAUUAAACUAGUAGCCAACGCCAAACUUCUGGAUCCGACAUGCGUACUCGUGAACACAUCCAACCACGCAGAUUUCAACUCCUACGUCGAUGCACAGUGGAAACCCGACGUCACUUGUUAUCUCAAGGAGGACUUCUGCAAAGAAAAUCCUCGUGAUGAGGACUACAAACCCACGAAAACGAAGGAUUCGAUCAAGGAACGAAACCCCGACAACAACACAUUCUUUGACAGAAGCCAGCUUUGCAUCGAGAUGAAGUUGGAUGACGUCUCUCCAUUCAACGAUCCUCCAAAAGAGCUCAGCGGGGAAGCGCUUCGGAAGUUCCAGUUUGAGAACAAGACAGAGGAAGGUACUCAAGCACGCGGCCAGAUCGGGGCUGCACUGACCGAGAUCUGUGCGCGCCAGCACCGUACGCGCGCCUUUUUCGUCUUCAUGAACGAGAAGGAAGUCCGUUUCCUCCUCCACGACCGUUGCGCUACACUUGUCACCCGGGCGGUCAACUACCGUGAAGAGUCUGGCGUCCUGGCCGAGUUCUUCUGGCGCUUUGCUCGCAUGACGCCUGCACAGCGCGGGAUCGACGAGACUGUUCGGCUGGCCACCUCGGACGAGAGGGAUAUUGCAAUGGAGAAGUUGGAGAGGUGGGCGCCAAAGAAGCACCGCCCUGUUCUCGUUAUGGGCGUGCCAAAACCGGAUGGCGAGAUGCAUGAAUUUGCUGUCUGGGGGGCCAUGGCAGAACCCAAAACUCUCCAUGGCCGAUCGACUCGCGCUUACCCUGCUGUGGAUCUGGAAACGGGGGAUGUCGUGUUUUUAAAGGAGACUUGGCGUGCCGACCUAAGCGGGAUGGAGAAGGAGUCGGACAUUUUGAAGGAGCUGAACGACAAGGGUGUGCGGUAUGUGCCGAAGUUCCAGUACGGCGACGACAUCAAGCAGCCGUACCAUACCACAAACAAUCAUAGAUACGUCAACGCGUCGUGGCGGGCAGGCCCUCUGCGAGACGUGUUCAGGAAGACGCACCAUCGGUUCACGGAGCUCUUCGUUGGAAACCACCUCGACAAAUUCACAACUCCGAAGAACUUGCUAAGAGCUGUCAGCCAUGCAUUGAUUGCCCAUCAGGACGCCUAUGAGAUAUGUGGUAUCUUCCACCGUGACGUUAGUGGAAACAAUGUCAUGAUGGACGACGAGGAAAAUGGGUGCUUGAAUGACUGGGAUUUGGCAAAAAGGAUACAAAGUCACCCAUCGCGCCCCAAGGCUGCUGCAGAAAAUGGAGCUGUAGAUGAGGAGGAUCAGCCCAGCGACGAGGGGCCAGAAGAUGAGGAGGGGGAUGCAGAGGAUCUGCCAGCACUCGAGGAACAUGACGACGACGAUGAUGAGGGGAACGAAGAAGACGACGAAGGGGUUGACCUCGAUGAAUUUUCAAGGCAUACAUAUCGCACGGGGACGUGGUACUUUAUGUCUUCCUUGAUUUUGCGGUAUCCUGAGAAGGUUCACGACUUACAGGAUGACCUCGAAUCUUUCUUCUACGUCGUUCUUUUCUUCACGUUGCAAUACCUCCCGGUCAACUUGUCUCAGGCAGCACUCGUCGACCUCAUGCAGUCUGUCUUCGAGGAAUGCAGACUUGACCGCGACCUUGGGGUUGAUGUCGGUGGCAUAGCGAAGAAACACUUGAUAAUGGAUGAUGACUCGAAGCUUCGGACAUUGCUUUUCCCCGGCAAUCGCUCUUUAACACGUUGGUUCCAGAGAGCAGGGGACCCAACCCCAUUACAUGACUCAGAGGAUGACGCGGACUAUGAGACAGAAGAUGACUCGGCCCAGGUCCCAUUUACACCACAACGUCAAAUACCCCUACCAGUCAACAUCAAUCUUCGCGACCACAACUCUUUCCUCCAAAUCUUCGAAAAGGCACUCAAUCGAGAACAUUGGUCGGACUAUCGCAAGCAGACGGCCGCCGUCCAUCGGUUUACUGCUUCUGAUCCGACAGAGACGCAGGCUGGGCUCAAACGUGUGCGCGAAGGAGAGGAGGUGUCGACUGCUUCAAAAAGGUCGAGAUCCGAAUAUACCAUGUCCAACCAAGGGGGAAUCAACUCGAUUACGGGGCUGUGGUAG